AUGGCAACGAAACGAUUACCGACUUCGGAGACUGAUAAAAAAAGAUGCCGCAAAGCAAUCACGCUAGAAACUAAAAAAGAAGUAUUACGUCGUAUAGAAGGUGGAGAGAAAAUUGUUGAAAUAUCCAAGGCAAUGGGACUUGCGAAAUCGAGCAUUCAAACUAUUCGCGAUAAAAAGGAGGAUAUUAAAGCAUAUUUGGAAUCUGCUGCACCUUUAAAUAUCUCAAGAUUAACACGCCAUAGAAAUUGGAUUAUGGAAAAAAUGGAAAAACUAUUGAUUAUAUGGAUUGAGGACAAUAACAAACGGAAAAUUCCAAUGAGUAAAAUGACUAUCCAGGAAAAAGCUUUGGGUAUUUUCGAAAAUUUGAAGAAAGGAGAUACCAAUGAAUCUGAAGAUGUCACAUUCCAAGCAAGUGAAGCAGCUAGCGCCGAUGAGGCCGCAUCUAACGAAUAUCCCAACAUUUUAAAAGGAAUUAUUGAAAGAGGUGGUUAUAAACCUGAGCAAGUGUUUAACGUAGACGAAACAGGGCUUUAUUGGAAGCGAAUGCCUGAUCGCACAUACGUUUCAAAAACCGAAAAAUCUGCGCCUGGUUAUAAGGUGUCCAAAGAACGUUUAACGUUGCUACUUGGUGCAAAUGCUACGGGUGAUUUUAAGCUAAAACCACUUUUGAUAUAUUUGUCCGAAAAUCCAAGGCCUUUUAAAAGAUUAAAUAAAAAUCAAUUACCCGUCAUAUGGAGAUCCAACAAAAAAGCUUGGAUGACUAAAGCUAUUUUUGAGGAUUGGUUCAAAAAUCACUUUUGUACAGAAGUCAAAAAAUAUUUACUAGACAAUAACUUAAGCAACAAGGCUUUGCUAAUUUUAGAUAAUGCACCAGGGCAUCCUACUAAUUUAUCCGAACUAUCAGAAGAUGUGAUGAUUGAGUACCUUCCGAAAAAUACAACAGCUCUGAUCCAACCAAUGGAUCAGGGUGCAAUAGCCACGUUUAAAGCAUAUUACCUACGCCGAACAUUCCAACAACUUAUAAGUGAAACCGAUGGUACAUCAUCAAUUAAAACGUUUUGGAAAAACUAUAAUAUCAAGGAUGCUGUUGAGAACAUUAGUGAAUCCUGGAAGGAAUUAAAAUCGACAACAAUGAACCAUGUUUGGAAAAAAAUAUGGCCAGAAUGUAUAAAAACUACCGAUGCAGAAGUUAAUUUCCUUCCUGAAGUUAGACAAAAUAUUUUGGAUUUAGCACAUGAUCUCGGUUUUGAAGAUUUAAACGAAUCUGAUGUGCUGGAUCUACUUGCAGCUGAUAGAGAACCCCUUUCAUAUGAGGAACUCAUUCAGUUGCAAGCAGAACCAGCAAUUGAUGAAGAUACAGAGCCUGUUGUAUCCAAACAGCUAACAUCAAAAAUCAUUUCGAGCGCUUUUUCUUAUUUUGAACAAGGAAUAAACAUCCUCCUUGAAAACGAUCCUGACGUCGAACGUAGCGCUAAUGUGUCUCGAGGAAUUAACUCAGCCAUUAGCUGUUAUAAAUCACUAAAGGAAGAAAUAGACAAGAAGGCAAGACAAACAACUUUAGACAAUUUUUUCAAACCACCAGCGCAAAAUGAUGAUGACAGUGAUCUGUAG